UGUGCAAUACUGGCAGGAAUACAAAAGAAGCAGCAGAAAAUGACGACAGCACUAAUGAACAAGAACGUAGAGUUGCUUCAAGAGCAGUAGACUACACCAAUGGGUUUGGAAUUUGAUGACUGUCUUCAUGAAUGUGACCCCUUGGAUAUAAGAGAUAAGGAGGGGAUAGCCUCAGAAAGACUUGCACCGCACAGUCCAAGGUUGACUCAAAUCACUAAUGAGUCUGAUAACACUGGAUGUGAAGAAACACACCUGCAGGGAGCGACUUGUGAGGAGCUGGACAUUGAUGCGGAGAAAUUGACAAAUGUUGUUGGUAGUGGAUCCCUAAAUAAAGUGUGUUUCUCUAAGCAGGAUAAUGCCCUAUGUGCUAGAAAUAACAUCUUAAAGGAAAAAGAAUUCACAUGUAAUUCAUGCAAGCAAACCUUUUUGUCAAAGUACAGUCUAAUAAUGCAUGUGUUUACACAUAUUGAUGGUGUACAGCCACCUGUACAUAUCUGUACCACAUGUGGUGAAGUAUUCCAUACCCAUGAUGGCUUGAGUAGGCAUUCAGUGGUGGAAAAAAGGACUAGCCAAGAUGAAUGUGAACAACACAGCACAGUCUCCAAUAUCGAACUAAACAGAUCUGAUGUUUUUGGGGGAUCAUAUAGUCAGUCAAGUCCUUCAGUAACAAACAAUGAUGAUAGACCACACGUAUGUGACGUCUGUGGAAAAUCGUUUGCUGUGUUGCGGAGUCUUAAGAAACAUUCUUUCAUCCAUACUGGCAAGAGACCACACAAAUGCAAAAUUUGUGGGGUUGCUUUUACUCGCUAUGCUCAUCUCAAGCAACAUGCACUGUUACAUACUGGCGAGAGACCGCACAAAUGUAACGUUUGUGGGAAAUCAUUUAUUCUGCCUAGUCAUCUCAAGAGGCAUUCCCUAAUACAUAUCGGUGGGAGACCAUACAACUGUGAGGUCUGUGGGAAAUCCUUUACGGAAUGUGGUAGCCUGAAGAAGCAUAUGUUAAUACAUACCGGAGACAGACCCCACAAGUGCAAUGUUUGCGGGAAAUCAUAUACUGUCUCCGAUACUCUGAAGCGACAUGUAUUAAUACAUACCGGAGAGAAACCUCACAAAUGUGACGUUUGUGGCAAAUCGUUUACAAGGUCCAGUAGUCUAAAGGCCCAUUUCAUAAAACAUACUGGUGAGGCAUCAAACAAAUGUAAUGUUUGUGGUAAAUUGUUCACAAACUCAUGGAAUCUAAAGAUCCACUCAUUAAUACACAAUGGUGAGAGAAGACACAAAUGCGAUAUCUGUGGGAAAUCAUUUACUCAUUGUGGUACUCUCAAGGCGCACAAAUUAAUACAUACUGGUGAGAAACCCCACGUAUGUAAUGUAUGUGGAAAAUCGUUUACGGAGUCUGGUUCACUGAGGAAGCAUGUUUUGAUACAUACUGGUGAGAGACCACACAAAUGUGUCGUUUGUGGCAAAUCAUUUACGGAGGCUGGCAGUCUGAAGAAACAUUAUUUAAUACAUACUGGCGAGAGACCUUACAAAUGUGACAUUUGCGGCAAAGCCUUUACUCAAUCUGGUAGUUUAAAUGCGCAUAGGUUAAUACACAUUCGCCAGAGUACAAAAAUUUGAUAACUGUGGGAUAUUUUAAAGAAGUUCUGAUAAGCUGGGGACUUAUGUUCAUAUACAAAACAGAUCUCACAAAAAUGUGUCAUUGAUCAGCCUAAAAUAUUGCACUACAUUUUUUAAGCAGUAUGUGCUGAAGACAGAAAACAGUAAUUGCACAGAGGGAAUUGUUCUAGAUAUUAUUAAGAUUCUAUAUCAGUGCGUUGUGGAGAGCCCAUUUUUAAAGUAUUAGGGCUCUGAUCAUUGUCAGGUGUGCGUAGGGAAAUGCAGACCAACUUUUUAAAGGUUGCAUUUUGAGAGAUAAUUGUUGCGUGUGUAAACUGGCUAAAAGUAGCCCCUUGUAUUCAGCCGUGUGUGUGUGUGUGUGUGUGUGUGUGUGUGUGUGUGUGUGUGUGUGUGUGUGUGUGAAGUGUUUGUUCUACUUGUGUUUAUUUGUCUCUUGAAAGAUUUAAAUGAAAAUUGGGAAUUAUGUUUAAUGUAUGUACCCCUUGUAUUUAACCAGUGUAGUUUUGCUGAUAUUGGUAAUUAUAAUUUAUCCUCAUUUAAGGUAGUUUUGUAAAAUAUCAGUAGAACAGUCUACACAGCGACUUCAGCAUUGUACACAUGGUUGUAGUAUAAUAAAUAUAUAUUUUCUCCUGUUGUAAUAAUCAGUGCACAUUGGGACACAUUAUUGAAUUACAUGUUUAUGCAUAUGUCAAUACAUUAUUUAAAUUUCAUAUGCCACAGAUAGUUUGAAGAAACUUACUUUUAUUAGUUAAUAGUUAUAUAAUAUUGUUCAUUGUAUCAACAUUUGUGUCUGAAGGUUGCUUGUGUAAGUUUCUUUGUUUAUACAUGUAUAAUAAGGCUUGAUUGUUAGUAUUAUCUGAAUAAUCUGAUUCCACCUCAUAUUAAUCAAUUGUGGUGCUUUUCUAUGACACCCCUUUGCAACCAACUAGCUGUGGAAUACGUUUCUGUUGAAAUAAUUGACAGUUCCAUCAAAGAUAGUUCUUUAUUGUUUCUAAAGGAGCGGUAUGUUUUGUAAAUAUCGGAUAAGGUACUAAAUCUGUCAGUUGCUAUCUGUAAAAUGGUAUCUUCUGCUGCCUACGUAUUGCAACCCAUUUCGAUUUCUUAUGUGGUAAAGGAAAGAGAAAUGAGUUUGUUCCUGCUUGUCAGCCAUUUGUCCUUAUUGAUUGGUAAUACUUAGCCAUUAUGUAUCUGCAUUAUGUAAUGUGCAUCUGGGCUUCCCUGGCGAACAGAUACUGAAGUAUCAUGGUGCAAUGUGCUGAGUAUUUCUAGAGUGCUAUCUGUGAAGCCUGGUUACUUUAUAAAAUUUGUUACCACCAAGAGGACCAUUAUAGCAGGUGAGAAAAAAAUAGUACUUGAUUAUCAGGUUUGCUGGAAAUUAAGUCAUUACAGAUCUAGUGAUUUAAAGGUGACU